AUGAAACUCGCCCUUGUAGCUGAUGGCCAGAAACAGCACACAGGAGAGAAGCCCUACGAGUGUGCAGAAUGCGGGAAGGGCUUUAAGGGGCACACCAGACUCCUGAACCACCUGCAAACCCACAGGAGAGAAAAAACGUUUGAGUGUGUAGAAUGUGGGAAGAGCUUUAGCAGGAAGGCCAACCUGGUGGUGCACCAGAGAGUCCAUACAGGGGAGAGGCCCUACAAGUGUAAGGAAUGUGAGAAAACCUUUAGCCGUACCUCAAACCUUCUUGCUCACCUUAAGAUCCAUUUGAAAAACAAAACUGUUUCCUGCACCGCGUGCAAGAAGAGCUUCAGUGAAAGUGCAGCUCUCUUCUACCAUCAGAGAGUGCAUAUGGAUGAGAAGCCCUAUAGAUGUACCGAGUGUGGAAAUAGCUUCCGGCUGUGCUCAAACUUCAUCAAACAUCGACAGAUUCAUUCGAGACAGAGACUCAGUGAAGACACAGCAGCUGCAAACCAUUCUGAAUUUACAUCUUUGCAUCAUAAAGAAGAGCAAGGGUGUGGUGCAGAGAAAUGUGAGAGGGAUCACUUGAAUCUUGUUCUUGAGGAAU